CAAGUUAAUUAAAGAACAAAAUUCACAAGUUUAAAUCAGCAUAUUUUGUUGGCCCUCUGCUGAGUGUGGUGUAGCUCCGACAGUUUUUGGUAUUUUUUAGUGCUUCGACGAAGCUUAACUCAAUUAACGGUUAUUUUUGCAACACAUCAGUUGGAGAAAAUGUAGAAAAGGUUGCGUCAGUUGUCAUCAUUGCGCCGCUGGAUUAAAGCACCCAACAAAUCAAGUCGAAAUUAAAAAAAAGAGAAGCCCCACAAACAUUUGUUUCUGUGUGGGGAGCGUAGCGUAAGCUCAGAGCCAUUGCCCACUGUGCAACACCAGUCGGGAACGUUGUGCAACACUGAAAUAGCUACGCCGGCAUUUAGCGCACUUCGAUGUGCAUUAAUUGAGAGACUUUUCCAAUUUUCAAUUGCCAACGCCAAACACCAGCGCCUUUCGACUCAUUCGCAUCCUCAGCUCAGGGCGUUGGCAGCACGGACAUCCUCAUCAGCUGGCGGCACACCGCGUCAUGGCCAUGCCUUCGAUCUCGACGCUGGUGGGCGUGGCGUUUUUAGCCUACAUCCUGCAUUCCAUAUACCAAAUGUCGCAGCUCUUCACGACGCUAAAGUGCAGCGAUUCGCCCUGCUACACAUCCUUCCUGGCGGAGCGGCCGCGGCUGCAGCUGGCGCUGUUCAGUUCGCUGACACGUAAUCCGAUUGCCUCGGAGGUGCAGGACUUGUACAAGACGAAGCGCUUCGAUUACGGCAAACCCUUUGAUCAGGACUUUAAGCUGGAUGUGCCGCUCAAGACGCGCCGCAACGGCACGCUCUACUUGCAUGUGGUGCUGGCUCUGGAGGGUGAGCCGCUCGAGUGGCGCACCCUGCGCCGCGAGGGGCCCACCGUGCUGCAUACGCUCAGCAUGUGCGAGUAUAUGUUGCCGCGUGCGGAGGCCUUCAAUCUGCUGGGCGAUGGCGAGAAGCAGUCGUCGUCGUCGUCGUCGUCGUCGUCGUCGUCCUCCUCAUCAUCAUCAUCAUCGCCGGCGCCUGCCAAGUCGGCAUCUGUGCCCGGCGAGCGGAGCAAGUCUGGUCUACCCAUCACACACAUACGGAGCGAUGUGUACGUGACGCUGCUGACGGAUCUGUUUGCGCUCUCGCAGGCGGACGUGCCGCCAGAGAUGGCCCAGCUGAUACGCGUGAAUCGCAUGCAACAAAUACUGCCCAUACUGCAGACGGACAUGUUCAAUACACGGCUCAAGGAUCUGGUUGCCGUGACGAGCAACACCACCGAAUUCACAUUCAACUUCCAUUACAAGCCCGUCGGCGUGGGCAAGCUGCGCCUGAUGCUGCUCAUGGAGCAUGCCACACAGGCGCUGCAGACGAUCGGAUUUGCCAGCAAGGACAUUGACGAGGUCAAGGGCAUCUUCUCCGAUACGAAUGUGUACCUGCUCUGCGGCACCAUCUUCGUGUCCAGCAUACACAUGCUCUUCGACUUUCUGAGCUUCAAGAACGACGUGUCCUUUUGGCGCCAGAAGCGAUCCUACGAGGGCUUGUCCACGCGCACCACACUCUGGCGCGCCUUCUCGCAGAUCAUCAUCUUUCUGUAUCUGCUCGACGAGCAGACAUCCUAUCUGGUGCUGGUGCCCGUCGGCCUCGGCACCCUGAUCGAGCUGUGGAAAUGCAAGAAGAUAUUGCGGCUCGAGCUGAGCUUCAGCUCGUUCAUCAGCCGCAAACUGGAGGAGGUGGAUCAGCGCAACGGGCAAGCACAGCCCGCCGCUGGCCAACUGGCCGAGCAGCAGACGCAGCAGUUCGAUCGGGAGGGCAUGCGCUAUCUCAGCUAUCUGCUGUAUCCGCUGUGCCUGGGCGGCGCCGUCUAUUCGCUGUUGUAUCAGCCGCAUCGCUCCUGGUACAGCUGGACCCUCAACUCGCUGGUGAAUGGCGUCUAUGCUUUCGGGUUUCUGUUCAUGCUGCCGCAGCUGUUUGUCAACUACAAGCUCAAGUCUGUGGCGGCUCUGCCCUGGCGCGCCUUCAUGUACAAGGCCUUCAAUACGUUCAUCGACGACUUCUUUGCCUUCAUCAUCACCAUGCCGACGGCUCAUCGUGUCGCCUGCCUGCGCGACGAUAUUGUGUUCCUUAUCUAUUUGUAUCAGCGCUGGCUCUAUCCGGUGGACGCAACACGCGUCGAUACGGGCAUGGCCAUUGAUGAGACGCCGCCAGCCUCCAGGGGCACCGGCUCAGGGUCUCGCCCCAAGCGCGACUAAAGCCAUGACAUCACAAUGCUAAGUAGCUGCAUAUUCCGUCGAUUUGUUUAGCAAAUAGUUGCAACCAUUGGCUGUAAUCAAUAUACCCUACACACAGAGAAACACACACACACACACACACACACACUCACCCAUGUAAGUGUUUAUUGUAGCAAAUGCAAGCGCCUCCACUUAACAUUUGUUUCCCCCCCUCGAAUUUUUAAUUGGUAUUUUUAUCCAAUGCACGCCCUCAGAUUUGAGUGCCCUUUCGGUUUGAUCCUUCAGAUAGGAAAGUUAAGAGAGAAAUUAGAAGUGUCGCCACAAAUUUGUAUAACCUGUAUAUAGAGCAGGCGGAGCGGCAGGCAUCAUCCCUGGAGGAAUUAUAAUUUACCCACGAGUUGGCUGACGCAUAGAAGAAGGUAUAUUCUUGAUUAGUCGGGGUCGAUAUGUUCAUUUUUCCCGUUGCUUCGCAGACAAGUUUCCCAAGCAGGCAGUAAAUAUGUCUAGAAUCGGCCAGAUCGGACCACGAUAACAUAUAGCUGUAGCUUUCGGUCGAAAAUGGGUUUAAAUUUGUCGAAAAAAAACGUUCUCUUUAUACUACCAAUAUAAACACAAUCUCUUGUUAA